AUUAUUUAGUUUUUUUUAGUUAUUUUAAACUUUAGUGAAAACUUUGUUAACCACUUAACUUCAAUGGCUAAUCUACCAAAGACCCAGAAGUUCAGUGACCAUUCAUGUAAUUCAUCCCGCUCCUUUUUAUUCACCGCGAUCUCCUUCUCUCCGCCAGUACGCUCCCCACUUCGGAAAAAUUCAUUUCAGAGCUUCUUCCACUCCCCAUCCGUCCAUCUCCCAAACCCUAACAAACACUCUCUCUAGAUCUCCUGCUCCCGAGAUCUCAACGCCGGCGAGCUUCUAAUCAACCUGACCCCUUCCGCAUUGCUCUUUCAAAUCUCCACCUGGAUCUCAUUUUUGUUCUCUCUCGCAUGAUCGUUUGGAAAUAAAAAAAUGGCUUCAGCUUGCGUCAACAACAUCAGCGUUUCGUCGGAGAGCUUCCCGCCGCCGGGGACGUACUCCUCGUACGGCUGGCUGAGUCCUCGAAUCUCAUUCAGCCGCGAGGACGAUUCCUUGUCUAAACACCACCAUCACAAACAGCCGCCGCCCUCCAAGCCAGCUCCAGCUCCUUCUCCACCUCCUCCGCCUCCGGCGACUGAGAUUCCGCCACCGGAUAAUCAGCAGCAGCAAGAUCUCUUCCCGGACUUCGAGUUCCGCCUCGACGACCCCGUCGCCAUGCUCCCCGCCGACGAGCUCUUCUCCGACGGGAAGCUGGUGCCGAUGCAGGUCACGAGCUCGAACUCGAAGCCUUCGUCGUCGACGACGACUUCAGCUGAGUGUUUGCCGGGAAUCGCAACUACGACGGAGACGGCGGAGGCGAAAUCUGGCCGGAGGAUGGAGAUACCUGUCGGGAUCAACAGUACAACUGACCAGUACUUGUUCUCGCCGAAAGCGCCUCGAUGCUCGAGCCGGUGGAAAGAGAUUCUGGGGCUGAAGAAGUUUUACCAGAACAACAGCUCCAAGGCGGCGUCGUUUCCUUCCUCAUCCUCCUCGUCGUCUUCUUCCUCUUGCUCGUCUUCUUCUUCCAAUAAUAACCAGAAAUCAUUGAGGCAUUUCCUCCAUAGAAGCUCUAAAUCCUGCAACAGCUGCGGCAAUUCCUCUUCCAAUUCGUCGCUCGACGGCAGCCUGAGUCUUCCUUUGCUGAAGGCAGACCUGGACUGCGAAUCGUCGGUUUCCUUCUCUUCAUCCCGCUUAUCGCUUUCAUCCUCGUCAUCCAGCCACGAGCACGAAGAUCUCCCCCGGCUCUCCCUCGAUUCGGAGAAGCCCAACGCCGCUUCCAAUUUGAGCCUGACAUUCAACUCCUUGCACAGUCCGAACCCGUUCGUCCUCAAUCGUAAUCAGAACCCGCCGCGGAUGAGAAUGGUGAAGCCGCGAGCCGCCGAAAUUGGAGGGGAAACUAGAGUUGGGAGGAGUCCGAUUCGCAGAGCGACAACUGCCGCCGGAGCAGGUGGAGAUUCAGGCGGCGAGAGCAGGGGAGUCUCAAUAGACAGCCCGCGGCUGAAUUCUUCUGGGAAAAUCGUGUUCCAGAGCUUGGAGAGGAGUUCCAGUAGUCCAAGUAGCUUCAAUGGCGGUCCAAGGCACAAACACAGAGGGAUGGAGAGGUCCUAUUCAGCUAACGUCAGGGUAACCCCCGUUCUCAAUGUCCCCGUUUGCUCCCUCAUGGGAUCAUCCAAAUCCGGGUCAGUAUUUGGGUUCUUCUCUUCCUCCUCGCCCCAGAAGAGAGACGGCGGCGGAGUCAACAACUACAAUAGCAAAGGGCAGCCCAGUUUUAGCAGAGGGAAUCGAGCCGCGGCGGAACACAAGCUUAUUAACAAGCGAGAUGGGUUAGGAAGGAUGGAGAUUGGAGGGGGUGCCCCUUUUGAUGGAGAACCCUUUUGUUGAUCUUCUACAAGAUUGGUCGGUGGUGGUCCAUGUGUGAGAGUGAGACCCUUUCUUUGGAUCAAACAUGUGGGAGUCUACUAAGACUACUAACCCUCCACUCCAAAACAAAAACUAGAGUUCGUUUGGAAGUUGCGAUUGUUAAAUAUAUGUAUUGUUGAGAAUGCAUGUAUAAUAUUAUACAUGUAUUGUCGAAUUUGAUGCAUUGUAGAAUACAAUGUUUGGUAUGUGUGAUUGUGUAUGUCGCAUCAGCUAAAAGCUGAGACAAAACAAUCUCAACUCAACUAUCUCAACAAUCACAACUAAAAGUUGAGAUAUAACAAUCACUCAAAAUGAGUGAUAGUUUUUGUCACAUCACAGAAACAAUCCAUGUAUUGUUUCUGCUAAAAAAACAAAAAACGAUGCAUUAAAAACAAUAUAUGCAUUAAAAACGAUGCAACUUCCAAACGACCCCUAGAAGUCCAUCUGAAAAUAUUCUCUCUUUCUCCAAUAUCUAGCAUGAGUUAGAGGUUAAUGAAAAUUGAAAUGUUAGUUCUAAAAGCUUUGGAUUGAGCUGAAAAGGGUUGUCUCAUCAAUUCAUUUGCAUGCUCCAUGUCGUCGGUGUUUGACGAAGUUUACAACAGACUUGCGAGGAUGACUAGGAUGUGCAAUUUGCUCGCGAUGAUGUUGUUGAAUUGUGUCCCCCUCGUGAUCUCAAUCUCAAUAAGAGUUAAAUUGGGUUGGAUAAUGUAUCAAUUGUUGCCUUACAGGGAUAACUAGGGGGUAUAGUUAUUCGAGAUGUUGUGUUACCGAACUGUGUGCUGCUCCAAGACAUGAUUCAAACCACAUUCAUAACGCUCUAAAUGUACCCUGCUCAACCUCGGAUUAGAUUUCGACGAAUGCCAACGAUGUUUAGCAUGUGAGAUGAACUGGUUAGAUCAUAAGGUUCGGAUUCAACGGUUCGUAACAUUCAAGUCUCGUGCAUCCACGCCUCAUUCAUUGCCCUAAUUGAACCCCAUAAACUAUUUGUCAAACAGUAGUGGCCACACAAGGCACAAAGCCCGCAACCAAAUCCAAACCGAAUUUAUUUGUUCUUUUGAUAUAGGAGAAAUCUAGCCAAGUUGGAUUGAGCAUAUUUAUGGCAAGGCUAUAUUAUACCUACAAGCAAGUACUUCCAGUCACAGCCUAAAGUACUAUUUGGUAGCAUCAGAUUCUUGUAUGGUAGUUGGAGGCUUGGGACAUGAAGGGCCAAGGGGGGAAUCCAUUCCAGCUUCUUUACCACAUCCAUUGGUUGGUGUUCUGGUUGUGAAUUGUGAUUUUGAGGGCAUUGUCAAAAACACUUAUUGGAGCAAUAAAGGAGGGAAAGGAGUGUAGAGGGAAAAGGCGAGCUAAGAGGUUACCCAUAGUGUUUAGUUAAUAGUAGUUCUCAUUAUCACCAACUGCUGCAGGGAGUGUGGAAGAAAAGGAAAAGACCUCUCUAGUCUUUAACUUGCUGGAGGGUAGAUGGUUCUGUCCUAGAAGAUUUCCCUCUUCAGAACCAUAGCAUUUGAAAGGGGAUAGAGAGGAAUCCUUUUUUAACUCCCCAAGUGCUUUCUUUACCCGUUGGUAGGAUUGAGUUCACUAAAUUUGGAGGCUGGAGCCUAUGCCUAGCCAUCUUUGGUUUCAAAGAUACAAAUGGGAGGAAAAAGUGUGGAGUCUUAUAGACUCUUUUAGUCACAAUUGGGUCCGUUUUGACAAUCUCAAGCAGCUCCAGAUAGAGAAUUUGAAAUGAAGGUGGGCAUCCCUAGGUAUGGUCUCUUUUUAUGCCUCCAGUGGUCAAGUUAUUAAGAACAAAGGUUUUGAUGAUAU